AUGAACAUGGUGGACAUCAACCACACAUUUGUGACAGAGUUCAUAUUUCUGGGGUUCUCGAAUCAACCCAGGGUGCAGCUGAUCCUUUUUCUCGUGUUUCUAGGUUGCUAUCUCCUGACGGUGCUGGGGAAUGUCACCAUCAUCUCUGUUGUCAGAGUUAAUCCUCAGCUUCAUACACCCAUGUAUUUUUUCCUUGUUAAUCUCUCCUUCCUGGACAUUUCUUACAUCUCCACCAAUGUCCCCCAGAUGCUGCUGAACCUCAUGACCAGAUGGAAGACAAUCUCAUUUGGGGGCUGUGUGAUCCAAAUGUAUUUUUCUUUGGCAUUUGGCAUGACCGAAUGCUUCCUGCUCGGGGUCAUGGCUUAUGACCGCUAUGUGGCCAUUUGCCAACCUUUGCAUUAUGCAGCCAUUAUGACCUGGAAGCUCUGUACCCAGCUGGCUGUCUUUUGCUGGAGUAGCAGCUUAAUGAGCUCCAUGGUUAUUAAUAUUUUCACCUUUCAGUUGCCUUUCUGUGGUCCCAAUAUCUUGAAUCAUUAUUUUUGUGAGGUGCCCGCUGUGCUGUCUUUGGCUUGCACUGACACUUCCCUUGCUGAAAUGGUUGUGUUCAUCUUCAGCAUGAUCAUAGUCUUCAUUCCCUUCUUGUUGAUUAUCAUUUCUUACUCCUACAUUUUCCUAACUGUGCUACAGAUACAAACUGCUCAAGGAAGGGCCAAGGCAUUCUCAACCUGUGCAUCCCACCUCACGGUAGUUGUCAUAUUCUAUGGGACAGCCAUUUUCAUGUAUAUGCGACCAAGGAUCAGGUCUUCCCAAGGCAGGGACAAAGUAAUUGCUCUGUUUUACACUAUCAUUAUGCCCAUGCUCAACCCUAUUAUAUACAGUCUGAGGAACAAGGAUGUGAAGAAUGUUCUGAGGAAGCUACUGGCAUUACUAAAAUGCUGA